UUCCAUAAAUAUUUGCAAGAAAAAAAGAAUUAAAAAAAAUGGGACAUCAUACAUGCUGCAACAAGCAGAAGGUCAAGAGGGGAUUAUGGUCACCUGAAGAAGAUGAAAAACUCAUUAACUGUAUCUCUACUUAUGGCCAUGGCUGCUGGAGCUCAGUCCCAAGGCUUGCUGGCCUGCAAAGAUGCGGGAAGAGUUGCAGACUGAGAUGGAUCAAUUACUUGCGCCCUGACCUUAAACGCGGUAGCUUCUCACAUCAAGAAGCGUCUCUUAUUAUCGAGUUACAUAGUAUUUUGGGUAAUAGGUGGGCUCAGAUUGCGAAACACCUGCCGGGAAGAACAGACAAUGAGGUGAAGAACUUUUGGAAUUCGAGUAUAAAGAAGAAGCUUGUAUCUCAUCAUCACCAUCUUCUUCAUCAUCUUCAUCAUCAAGCUUUAUCUCAUGAACCAUUUCCAAUUCAUUCAAACCAUAAUAAUUAUGGUGACUCAUUUGGCUCUUUCUACUCAAUUCUAAAUCUAAACCCUAAUUUGAUCUCAAUGAUAACUACCCCUAGUUCCUCUCAUCAACAAGACAUUUUAAGCAAUGUUCAAGAUGCAACUUCAAUGGAAGCAGCUCAAACUAGUUUCAAUUAUCAUGAAAUCAAUUCAAAUCCUAAUAUGAUGAUCAAUCUCGAUACCAACUUCAUCCAACCAUCCUCCUUUCUCCCCAUGCUAGACCCUCAACCAUACUAUCAAACCUUUGGUUGGCCCAAAAUAGAAACUUGUUUUAUGGGUAACAAUUCGGAAAUGGAAAUACCAUUAAUUCUCGAAGACCCUUUAAUGGAAGAAUUUCAACCUUCUUCGGAGAUCAUAUGUCCAUUGCCAUUGCCAUCUUCAUCUUCUACUACUUCACUCGAUCUUGUUCCGAUUUGUGGCGGUUUCUCAUCAUCAUCAUGUGAUCAACAUGUGGGGUCCAUUAGAGUUAGAAACUACGGGCACAUUAUUGAUGAUGCCCUUGUUAUGCUGCCGCCACCGCCACCACCGCCGGAGAGUUUGUCGGAGGAGAUGGGUGGCCGGUUUGCAACAAAAGAGAUAUGA